AUGCACGACAAGUUCUCAGGCUCCGAAGCCCCAAACAAGGUUCGGAUGAUGGUGUUCGAGACAGAUGAGCCGCAUCCUGAGGACCAUAAAGACAAGGGAACAUUUGGAGACGUGCUCGACAGAUUAUUCAAGGCUGCUGGCGACAACCACGACCCACAGCUUGGGAUCGAGACAGCCAUAAAGUUCGUUGUCGAGCCCAAGGGCGGAAGAGUGCCUACUGUGGAUGAGAUGAAAGACGUCCACGCUAUUUUGAUUACGGGAAGCAUGUAUGAUGCUCAUGGCAAUGACGAAUGGAUCCUCAAACUUAUGAAACUACUGCAAGAUCUAUGGCAACAUCGUCCCGAUAUUCGCUUCUCAGGAGUCUGCUUCGGUCACCAAAUCCUCUGCCGCAUGCUUGGAGCAAAAGUUGAUACCGUCCCGGGUGGCAAAUGGGAGCUUUCACAUACUCACAUCUCUUUGACUGAUGUCGGAAAACAACUCUUCAGGACAAAGGAAGAAAAACUAAGACUACACCAAAUGCACCAGGACCAUGUUGUGAAGCCGCCAAGUCCAGAGACUACGGAUCUGCUUAAGGAUGGCCAGAAGGUUCACAUUUGGGGAAGCUCGGAACAUACGGCUGUUCAAGGAAUCUACAUCAAAGACCGCCUUUUCACAUCGCAAGGACAUCUUGGCUUCGAUGAGGAUAUGGUAAAACGACAAAUCAAUCUGCGCAUUGAGAGUGGCAGUCUCAAGGAUAUGGAGCACGCUAGUGCAGCCAAGGAGACGGCUGAUAUGGAACACGAUGGCGAGGUGGUCGCUGGCUCGAUUCUACGUUUGUUCCAUGGCGACGAUAACGACAUCCCUUGA